GGGAGUGACAGAGAAGAUCAGUGGUCAGACUUGUUUCAUCAUACAGAGAGAGAGAGAGAGAAGACAGAAGAAAUGAUGAAGACUUUUGCUCUCCUUGUUCUUUGUGCUGUGGUGUCCAUCUGUCUGUCUGCUGAAGGGCCAUCCUCCAAAUCUGACACCGCAAAUAAUGAGGUGUUUGUGGAGAAGGAGCUGGCCUCAGGGCUCAUGAAGCAGAGGCAGAAAAGAGCCCUUGGCGUGCCUGUGUGUGACUGACUGUCACCCGUGGAGAGUCUGAGAGAGGUGUGCGAGGUGGACCUGGCUUGUGAACACAUGGCAGAGACGGCCGGGAUUGUGGCAGCCUACACAGCCCAUUAUGGUCCACUGCCCUUCUAAAGCCCACAACCUUCAACCAAUCACCUUCAGCUUCACCCUGCUUGACCAAUCACCUUCACCAUCUCCAUGCUCAGGAGUUCCAAAAGGAAUCCUUUCCAAAAGGGAAAUACACCACCCUCCCCUCACCCGAAACAUAGUAUUUUAUCAAAAGCAUUCCUUUUUACUUUUCCCAUCUUUCUUUUUUCCAUUUUGUUCAAUUCUAUUAAUCAAUAAGUAAGCUAAAUCUCUUCAACUUGUGAUAUGACUUAAUAAAUGUAAUAGCAGUCACAACUGAAAUCAGUUUUUGUCAUCUUAAAGCAUGGAAUCAAGAACAUGGCUACAGCAGAAGAAAAGUAUUUUCACAGAGAGAAGAAGAGAGAGGGAGGGAGAGUGAGAUAGAUUGGUUGGUAGAUAGAGAUUGAGAGAAAGAGCACUAGAAAGAAAAAGACAAAAGGCAAAAGAGAGCAUUGAAAACUCAUAAAAUGUAAUUUGUUCAGAAUUUUGGGAUUUCCAUACAUUUCUUUUGCUUUUACAUUUUUGGUGGAUGCUUUUCCCUCUCUGAGUAAAUUUAGUUUGUAGUAGAUUUUAAUAUUGCAUAUUUUGUAUCCUUAAUCCUUAGUUUAGCAUCAGUAGGGCAAUAAAGUUCCCAUCAUUCACAA